AUGUCCGCUACCACCUAUCAUGUGGUUCGUAGAGGACUAGAGGUAACGACCAAUUACCUAUCCCCAACGUCAAGCAACAAUGAAGACCAUCGCCAACUGUCCGUCUGGGCGGUACUGGUGUUUGGUGUGACUGCUCUAGUCUUUAGCCUUGUUGCUUUCGCCAUUCAAUAUACAUAUGGCACUGUUGUUGCAGUACUGGCUGCGGUAGAAGAUCCUCAUCCAGCUGUCUAUGAGCCCAUUAAGAGCACCGACGACUCCAGUAAAACGACCAACCUGGUUGAUUCUGGCCUCGAUUUCUCCCACAAACGGCCUGCCCCAGUCACACGUAGCCUACGCACCGCCAUCCACCAUCUUCGCACUCGUGCUGGUCCUUGGUCUCGCUUCCGUGGCUUGGGAAUGUACUUGUGCUUGGGUAUCUGCCGCUCAGCUCUCGCCCAACUCAUCAUCUUUGGUCAUGGCAGCGCAGUCAACCAUUUUGCCCACGCUGUUGCUCAGGUUGCUACUGAUGUAGUUUCGGCGAAUCUCGAGCUUACCUGGGUCCAUAUAGUAAUUUCACAACCUUCUGCCAAAUCAUUUUGGAGACGGGUUCCCGGAUACAGCAGCUGGGUUAAGAUUGCUCCCGCUGUUGCCCUCCGGUCCGUAGCAGCGCAGCUCACCUUCUUGCUGCCUGCCCACUUGGGAUGGAGAACCCAUGUAUGGCAUAUGGGGAAAGGCAGUCCAUUCUCUGAACCAGAAUAUGACCCUCACUCUGAAAUCGCUAUAGCAGUCGGCGCUUGCCUCCUCGCCAUGUGCCUGACAGUCUUGAUAGAGCUUCCAGCCACAGUGACCAUGAUCCGUGUGGCCGCGUCCAUCCUUCCCGAGGAAGAAGAGACUAUUGUGCCUUUCGAUCGCACUUUUGGUGGUAAUGUCCAACCGGCCAUCCUGGGAGGUAGCGGUAAGGUUGGUUUGUUGGAUGCAUGGAAGACCUUCACUUGGGCGUCGCGCGUCCGUCUCCUCAAAGUGUUGGUUAAAACCGUCGGCAUGAUAAUCGCAGUUACUACGACCUGCGCUAUCUGUCUUUCCGGCGAAGCUCUUCUUCUAGGUGAGAAGAUAUUCGUUCAAGCAUAG